AUCAUUGAGUGCACGGGAAGCUUUGCAGCGACUUGCACGCUCGUCGCUUGCGCUUAACAUUGAAGCCGACAAACAAUUCGGCUGCAGGAGGCUUCACAUCGUUGCUCUUUAAAUUGCUGCGCUCUGACCAAGCAACCAAAAAAAAAAAAAAAAACAGGGGCGCAACUGUGAGAAUUUUUGGUGGUUGUUUUGCGCAAACUCGCGGUGAUCAUUUAAAGUUAAAACUUUAGUUAUUGUUGGGAGAAUGGCUGACAGUGCAGCGGCAAACAGCGACGGUGAGGAUGGACCCCGUGAGCCCAUGAGGGGCUUCGCCCGUCAAGGAGCCUUGCGUCAGAAGAACGUCCACGAAGUGAAGGACCACAAAUUCAUUGCGCGCUUCUUCAAGCAGCCCACCUUCUGCAGCCACUGCACCGACUUCAUCUGGGGUUUUGGCAAGCAAGGAUUCCAAUGUCAAGUGUGCUGUUUCGUGGUGCACAAACGUUGCCAUGAGUUUGUCACGUUCUCCUGCCCAGGAGCUGAUAAAGGUCCAGCUUCAGAUGAUCCGAGGGCUAAGCACAAAUUUAAGGUCCACACCUACUCCAGUCCGACUUUCUGUGACCAUUGUGGCUCUCUGCUCUACGGCCUCAUUCACCAGGGCAUGAGAUGUGACCACUGUAUGAUGAACAUCCAUAAGCGCUGUGUGGCCAAUGUGCCGAGUCUGUGCGGUACCGACCAUACUGAGAGGAGAGGACGGAUUUACAUCACUGCUGAGAUCAAGACUAAUGUGCUCACUGUUAUCAUCAAGGAGGCCAGGAAUCUUGUCCCAAUGGAUCCCAACGGUCUAUCAGACCCGUACGUGAAGCUUAAACUGAUCCCAGAUCCUCGCAGCGAAAGUAAACAGAAGACCAAGACCAUCAAGUGCUGUCUCAACCCCGUCUGGAAUGAGACCUUUAAAUUCCACUUGAAGGAGUGCGAUAAGGACCGCCGCCUCUCCGUGGAGGCGUGGGAUUGGGACCUGACCAGCCGCAAUGACUUCAUGGGAUCUCUGUCCUUCGGCAUCUCGGAGCUGCAAAAACAAGGAGUGGAUGGAUGGUUUAAGAUGCUCUCCCAGGAAGAAGGCGAGUACUUCAACGUUCCCGUUCCGCCGGAGGGGGAAGAGGGCAAUGAGGAGCUUCGGCAGAAAUUUGAGAGGGCAAAAAUUGGUCCGAGCAAGAACACUGAAGGCAAAUCUGCCAACGCCGCCCGCUUCGACUCCAACGGCAACCAAGAUCGCAUGAAGCUGUCCGACUUUGAGUUCCUGAUGGUGCUGGGGAAGGGCAGUUUUGGCAAGGUGAUGCUUGCAGAGCAUAAAGGGACCGAGGACCUGUACGCGAUCAAGAUCCUAAAGAAGGAUGUGGUGAUCCAAGAUGAUGACGUGGAAUGCACCAUGGUGGAGAAAAGGGUGUUGGCGCUGUCGGGAAAGCCGCCCUUCUUAACACAACUGCACUCCACGUUCCAAACCAUGGACCGCUUGUACUUUGUCAUGGAGUUCAUCAAUGGCGGCGAUCUCAUGUAUCAGAUUCAGCAGGUCGGCAAGUUCAAAGAGCCCCAUGCUGUAUUCUACUCGGCGGAGAUUGCCAUCGGAUUGUUCUUCCUGCAUCAGAAGGGCAUCAUUUACAGAGACCUCAAGCUGGACAAUGUGAUGCUGGACAGCGAGGGCCACAUUAAAAUAGCCGAUUUUGGCAUGUGCAAAGAAAAUAUGAACGAUGGAGUCACCACCAAGACUUUUUGUGGAACACCUGACUACAUAGCACCAGAGAUCAUAGCUUACCAGCCUUAUGGGAAAUCGGUGGACUGGUGGGCCUUCGGAGUUCUGCUUUAUGAAAUGCUGGCCGGACAGCCGCCGUUCGACGGCGAGGAUGAGGACGAGUUAUUUCAGUCCAUCAUGGAGCACCAUGUCUCUUAUCCCAAAUCCAUGUCCAAGGAGGCCGUGGCUAUCUGUAAAGGGUUGAUGACCAAGCAUCCGGCCAAACGGCUCGGCUGCGCUCCAGACGGGGAAAGAGACAUUCGGGACCACAGCUUCUUCCGCUACAUGGACUGGGAGAAAUUGGAGAACAAGGAGGUGCAGCCGCCAUUCAAACCUAAAGCUAAAACCCGACGGGACACGUGCAACUUUGACAAAGAGUUCACCAAGAUGGCCGUAGACCUGACGCCCACAGACAAGCUGGUCAUCAUGAACCUGGACCAGGAUGACUUCAUGGGCUUCUCCUACACCAACCCGGAAUACGACGGUCCGAACUGAAGCCCGAGCGGAAUGUUGACGAGAGAGGUGACACGUGCUAGGCCAGUCCAUUCGACACAUAAAUGGUAUCGUCCAACUCGACUUGCACAAUACUCUGGUUACCAAAGACUUUCAACGUAUUGUGUAAACUUAAAAAAAAAAAAUGUUUAUAGAACAGAUGACAUCAUAUUGAAUGUAAUAAUAAAUAUGUUAAUAGUCUUAAAAUGUUAAUUGGGUUCCCUUUUCCCAUUCCGACUAUAUUGUAAUAAGAAUAGAGGUUAACUGCAUUGCUGGGCUUUUUACAAUGUCUGUUUCAAAAUGAUAAUACGUUCACAAUGUGGUCGAGCAAAAGUGUAAUAUGACGAGGUCCAAAUGGAAAAAAAAGUUUUACGUUUUCAUCGUAUUAAUAGCUCCUUUGCUUUUACGAUACCUGCGAAGAGAUGACAUUGAAGUGCUGCCUCCACAAGUGAAAACACACAUCCCUUGUUUUCUUUAGAUUGCUUCGGGUUGCUUUAGAUCAAGGAGUUGCUUGGCCGAAGCUCGCUCGGGUCACCAUGGUAACAAAAUCCAUGCUCAGGAUUCUGCAGUGGAAGGGGGGGGGGGGGCAACAGGGGCUCAUUUGCAUGAGUAGGACCGCCCCUUUUAAAGCAGACGUAGUUCAGAGAGGCCAAAACGGAAGAAGUUCCUUCCUUCAUUGGUGUUCAACUUCUGUGAAUUGAGCCAACUUUAAAGUAGCAAGAUGGAGAAAGUUCUCAUUUGGGGUGCCAGUGGAUUUGCGGAAAGGGAGCUCUGAGCAUUUGGGCUUUUCCCUCAACUGCCCACAUCAACCAUGACUGUGCUCAUUUGUGCAUCUUGACCAUUGUUGCCUUUUUCAAUUAGCGGUCAUUCGUGGCACUUUGGAAGUGCUGACACAUCACUGAGGAAAAUGCCUAAUGAGGAAACUUCUUUGAAGCAUUUUGCCUCCCAUCCCCCCCCCUUUAAUUAUUUCCAUUUGCUCGGUAAUCCUUGCUUCCGUGGAGGCCCACUGGGGAGCCGCAAAUGAUGCGAUGUCAAAAGGUUGCGGCGGUCACCAAUCGGGCCCCGCACAGCGGCUGAGGAGAUGCUUCGACAACUCCCAAAUGAGCCAUUUUGCAAACAGCAAUAACGUCAGCAAGGUUGCUGAUUCCCCCCCCCCUCCCAAACACAUUUGUGCGUGCGUGCAUAAAUAUAUGCAGAUAUUGAAUAACUGACGUUUGGAAGAUGCAAAAUAUGUGUGGAUUCAAGGCCAUGUUCUUUCAAAUUCAGCAAAUCUGCUCUCCGACACUUUUUACAGCGGACUGCCAGCACGCCCACUGCACUGCACUGCAGUUGAUCCACUGCCGUACUGUACUAGCUUGAUUGAGACUCGGAAUUAUUAAGUCAAGCGUAACAAGGCGAACAAUGAUGUUCUCUCCUGGAGGCGCAAGGAACACUGCGGGUCUGAUGCGCACACUUAGGCGCAUGCAGGAACGCACACACGCAAUGCUUACUUCUAAACCUCAACACAUUUCUUUACUGCCCUGUUUAGAAUUAUUGAAGAAUAUUUUUAAAAGUGAUCAAGGCACUUCUCGUCCAAACCAUGAGAUUCUGAUUGUUUUGCAAAACUAAACUAAUUGCACAUCCUCUCCAGUAGGUGGCAGUGGCGUUCCCGUUAUCAGUUACGGGGGGGAAUAUAGAACACAGAUGAAAAGAAAGGCAGAGUGGUUAAAAAGCAAUGUUAAAAAUAAACACGUUAAUGUUAUUUCUAGAGUUAUACUAUGCAUGCAUGUGUUUUUUCUCUCGUUCAUAUCUUGUACUAUAUAAGCCGAAUCGACCCGCUGUAAAAUGUCGAUGGACUGAUGGUUACGUGUUCCAUAUAUUGAGAAUGAUCAUACAUUCUGUGCUUCUUUUUGUACGUGGAUCCAUGUUCUUAGAGGUUACAGUUUGUGUACAUCUACAGUGUAGGGUAAGAGUCUUCCAUUAUGAUAGCUGAAGCUCCACAUUUUUAAGAUAAUUAUUCUGGAAUUGCUGUGGAUUGAGAUAUUAUGACAAAUUAGCAAACGAGAAGAAAUGUUAAGUUCCCCAUCCGCGUCUUGUUUUAGCUUUAGCUCAACCUUCUUUUCUUCUGUGCGGUGGUCUCAGUGAACCCGAACUAGUGGCACCUUUUUUAAAUGUUCCCCUGCCCUGCCUCACGUGCUUUGAUUUCGGGCUAGCUGCUCAUGCUAAAUGCCAAGUAAAGAUACUGCAAAUGAAAAGUAGAAGAAUGUUUUGUGUCACGGUUCACCAAUGAGAACAUGUGUACUGUUGAUGUUUAUGGUU